AUGCAUCGCCAUCUGCUCAUCUGGGGAAUAUUGCUGGCCAUCCAAGUGGGAUUUAGCCUGGCGGACUGCAAUAUCUGUUCGGCUGAAAGCAAAGCAGCCUGCGUGUCCAGAAAUCAAUACCAAAACUGCACGGCGGACAGUAUCCCAACGGGACCGAUCUACACUUGUCCGAAUAACACUAAUUGCACGGCAUCGGCGGAGAGGUGCACUUCGAAUGCUGAUAUAGUUGCCUGCAAUGAGUGCAAUAAGUGUGAUUUAAAUUCGCCAUACCCCUACGCCUGUACUAGUCCCAGUAGUUAUGCCUAUUGUGAUGGCGUAACUUGUUCUUAUUACGAUAGAGACAUCGUAAUCGGAGACUUUUGUAAUUCGACGGCCUCCACGGGUCGCUAUCCGUAUCCCAAUGACUCUAGUUGCCUCAGGGCUCAGUCUAUACCGGAAAUACCUGGCAGUGUCCUUCAACAAAACCUUAUUUUAGUUCCGUCGCCUUAA